AUGAAAGAUCUUUCAGAAUCGACUUUUGAGUUAGAUGAUAUCAACAUUAUUACAUUGAAGUUGUAUGAAUGUCGUAAUAUCAAAAUCUACUUGAACACAACACUCAAGAAUUUGUAUGUAGAAAAUGGAUAUGGUGGAGACUUUGAGUGUCGAAAAGGAGUGAUUUAUCUCACUUCAUUUGACUCGUUUAAUUCUGGUAGAUUUAAUUCUAAAAACAUAGUUGUCGACUAUUUAAUUCCAUAUAAAGAGACUGUCGAACAAGGUCCAGCAUGGGCAGAUAGUGUUGUGUAUUCAUUCAAUUAUAUGAAGGGAAUGUACUUUGUGAAACAAGGGUUUAGUUCCUCAGAAGUUACUUGGUCCAAUCCGGACCCGACUGGCAAGCCAACAUAUCCACCAAAUAAAUAUAUAUUGAACGAGCGUGUUACAAAUGUAAUGUUAGUUAUGUGUGGUUCAAAGCUGUCAAAGAAAUCGGCGACUUUUGUUUUGCAGAAAGUGUGUUUCGAGAGAAACGCAUCGAAAUUCCAGAACAAAUGA